AUCCUUCCUCCCAGAGGAGAAUCAACCAUAAGAGUCUGUUCUACAAGGCUCAAGGUGCUAUUUCUGAGUUCCCCAGUAAAUGUCCAUCUAACUUACUGCGUAGGUUGCAUUGCACCUCAAAAGACACCAGACCUUUCUCUGCUUUAGCGUCUGGUGGAAAUUCAGGUAUUGCUACCAAGAAAUGUCCUCUUCAUCAUAAAACUGCUCUUGGGCCAUGUUCCAAAACCUCAAGUACCGCCAGACAGUGGUGGAACAAAGGAGAGAUGCUUGGCAAAUGGGAGGGAAAGGCUGUUCACAACCUGAAUUUAAAAAGCGGUUCUGUAUUUAAGGGUGGUAUUCACAGCCAAGAUGAAGAAGAGGUAGCCACCCAGUUAACUCAACUCGCAGCAAUAAUUGAAUCGAGCAGAACAAGCCCCAAUCCGAAGAUGACGACAACCCUUCUUGGUCGAUUACCACCUGAUAUGCAAUCAAAAAAUAAGCAGGAUCAGUGCCUAUUGCAGAAGAAACAAUCGGUAUUUGGGAGGAACAAUUACACCUCCUCGUUAGUCAAGCAAAGGCAGCCACCUCGGAAGAAUGAGAAAUCAGUACCGAGGGCCAAAAGAUUGAAGAAGAAACCUCAAGUAGUACCAGACCAACCAAGUCAGCUACAGCAAGAAUGCCAGUAUAGUGAAUUGCAGGACAUACAGAAAAAACCUAAACUGCGCAGACUUGGGCGCAUUGCAUCACAAGAUGCCAAGCUGUCAGCCUUGGGGAAAAAAUCUUCCAAAACCAAAGGACCGAAGGCGCGGAAUCGGAGUGCUUUGUCAUCCCAGCAAAAACCAGCUGUAUUAUUUCUUCCGAAAACUCAGAUAAUAUUCCAUCGGCCUUUACCGGCUUCAAUACAAGGCAAAAUAAGAAAUAAGCCAUUAGGCUGUGAAAUGGUGCCAGAGCCCCUCAAGACAAUAGGCUUUAGCGAUGCACAAGGUGCCAGCAGCCUGAGUGGGGUCACGGGGGCUCUUCAAUGUGGAGCCCCGCUUUCUAGUAAUCUGCUGACUGUUCCUCAGUUAAAAACAGACUUUUGCAUAAAACAAGGAAGUGAAAACGGGCAGAUGUUUACAGAAAAAGACAAGAAUUCUCAGGUACAACAAACCAUGAAUAUCCCUCAGCUGCAUCCUUUUCCUCAGAUCUUCAGUCAAAGAGCUGAUGGUGACAUCUGCGAGGAAAGCCAAGCUAAAUCACAAGGUGCUGUGGAACAAAAGGAUCAAAAUCUGCAACUGAUCCUCCGUAACGGUGAUGAUGGCUUGCCAGGGGAUACCAUGCACACUCUUAGAAAUGUGGAGCAUAACAAAUUAUAGAGAAGGAUGAGGGUCCAUAUUAUACACACCUUGGAACGGGCCCAAAUAUUGCUGCAGUCAGAGAAAU